GAAAAAUGUCGAUGAAUUAAUCCUGAAUAAAUACAUUUAAAUAUCAUUCAUAAUCACAAAUAUCCAUCAUAUUUCAUACGACAGAUUCUUAAAGAUAAAUUGGAUUUUUUUGAAAUAUUUGAAAUAAUCUAAGCGUGAUAUUCCCCUAGCAAACUUUCAAACAUGAAUAAAGCUAUUUGAAAAUAACCUAAUUUCUCCAGGCCACGAAAAAUCAAACGGAACUCGUGAGAAAAAACCCUUGAAUUAAAAACGUGGCCGAACACUCGCGACACACAGACAAGCAUUCAAUUCUAUAUGAACUGUUUGUUGUGAUCAGCUGGUCAAACAUGUGAAGGAAAUGGAAAAAAAACUGUAAGACACAAAAUACAUUUUAUAAUGUUCAAGGGGUUUCAAGAGGUUUUCUCCGCCAAAUUGUCCUCUGUACAUAUAAAAAAAAUACACUUAUGGCAAAUAAAGAUAAAGAGAUAAAGAUGUUUAUUCGACGAACGAUAAAACAAUCUCAAUGGUUAAUAAUUCUUAUUAACAUCAUUAGCCUGAUCAUGAUGAUUCAGAUUCAACCGAUGAGAAAAUAUCAAUUUAAAGUUUGUUCCAUUUACGAUUAAGGAGUUGAGCAGUUGCAAUCGUACAAAAGAGACAUUCGCGAAUCUAGGCCUGUGUAUAUGAGUUCGUAGUCCAUAAGGAAUUAACAAAUUAUUUACAGACAUGAGCAAUUCAGCGUACAACAACACUGGUUUCGUCGGUGAUAAUGGGAAAGGUGGGAAGGAGUCGCAUGAAAAAUCCAGAUCGGUGGAAUUAUCGAUAAAAUCCACGAAUGGCUUUCAAGCGUCUGAUGAUUAUGAACCAUAUGCACAUCGAGACGUCCAACAUCCGCUGACAAAUAUGGAAACCACAGUGCAUUUAUUGAAGUGUGCAUUGGGAACUGGUAUCUUUGCAAUGCCAAAUGCUUUCAAUCAUGCCGGAUAUGUCGUUGGAUUUAUUGGAACCGUUAUACUAGGCUCAAUUGCCACGUAUUGUGUCCAUAUACUU